AUGGCAAAAGGCGUAUCCUUUAGCCCAGACAAAGAUAUUCCUGACCUCUCAGGAAAGGUGAUAUUAGUUACAGGAGGGAAUACCGGGUUAGGAUUCGAAGUUAUCUACCAGCUAUCAAAGCACAAGCCCAAACACAUCUAUCUCGCAGCCAGAUCAGAAGAAAAAGCAAACGAAGCCAUCAAGACACUCCACAAGAAGAAUCCCAAUGCAGGACCUGUUGCCUUUCUUCAGCUCGACCUAGGCUCAUUUGCGAGUAUAAAGGCAGCUGCAGCUACAUUUAGGUCUAUGUCUGACAGACUGGACAUCUUGAUCAACAAUGCUGGGAUCAUGUCCGUGCCAGAAGGUCUGACGAAGGAUGGAUAUGAAAUCCAGUUUGGGACAAAUCAUCUCGGUCCCGCGCUCUUCACAACGCUGCUCCUACCAACCCUCAAAGCAACUGCCGCCAUAUCUACCGACGUGCGAGUUAUCUUUCUCAGCUCCGAACUUGAGAACAUGGCACCCAAGAACUCCUAUCUCUUCAAUGACCUAAAGACUACAUUGCCCAAGUUCUCAACGUGGACUCGUUACGGCCAGUCGAAGCUCGCAUCGGUGCACUACGCCCAAGCGCUGGCAAACCACAACCCAGACCUCAAAGUCAUGAGUAUCCAUCCGGGAGUCAUUGCAACGAACCUCAGUGGUCCGGUGGUUAAGGACUAUAACUUUUUGAUGGCCGCGUUGUUCAAGGUUGCCAUGAAAUUCGUUACUGUGAGUAUUGAGGAGGGGACGCUGAACCAUCUGUGGACAGCAACUAGUCCUGAUGUGAAGUCUGGUGCUUUCUACUUUCCUGUCGGUGUACAGGGGAAGGGCUCGUCGCUGAGUAAGGAUAGUAAGCUUCAUGAUCAACUUUGGGAGUGGACGGAGAAAGAGCUUGAACCCCAUGUUACUAUGGGAUAUUAA